UUCCCUCAAACCUGCCAAAACUAUGGUAGACGUUGAUCCGUCUGUUGCAGCAUCUGAUGAGAGGUGGUUUAAUUGGACUAAAUCCUCGUACAACAUGCUUCGAUCAAUCGAGAAAUCCAUCUUGUCACAUUUGCGACUGCCGUAUCGGGGGAUGUUCGUUGACAUUGGACCUUGUGUGGGAGAGGCUGACAAAGUAUGGACACUCACAAUGAACACCGAAUCCAAACGGGUACCAAUUGUAAUGCUUCAUGGUCUGGGGGCAGGUGUUGCCUUAUGGGUACUCAAUUUGGAUGAAAUUGCACAGAACCGACCGGUAUAUGCGAUAGACAUUCUAGGGUUUGGUAGAAGCUCGCGACCAAAGUUUGCCGAUGAUGCGAUGAUUGCGGAGAAGCAAUUGGUAAAAUCGAUAGACGAAUGGCGCAAGGAAGUAGGGCUGAAGGAAAUGAUCGUCUUGGGACAUUCUAUGGGUGGAUUUCUAGCCACAAGCUACGCCUUAUCAUAUCCCGACCGUGUGAAGCAUCUUAUAUUAGCUGACCCAUGGGGAUUUCCUGAGAAACCUGCAGAUUCAGAGAAUCGACCGAAACCACCUCUAUGGGCAAAAGCAAUUCUGGUGGCUUCGAAACCUUUGAAUCCAUUGUGGAUAAUUCGCUUCUUUGGACCACUAGGGUCAUGGCUGGUUGGCAAGACGAGGCCAGAUAUCUUGCGCAAAUUUUCGGGUGUUGUCACAAACCAAGAUGACAUACCAAACUAUAUUCACCAGUGUAAUGCUCAGAAACCGACGGGCGAAGGUGCUUUCCAUACGAUGAUGAAAGAUUUUGGAUGGGCUAAAAAUCCAAUGAUCAAUCGUAUCCAAGAUAUGAAAAGCACAGUGCCAAUUACGUUUCUCUAUGGAGAGCGAUCCUGGGUGGAUAAUAGUCCUGGAGAGACAAUAAGGCAGCUGCGCCAGCAGGGCUACGUUAAAAAUCAUUCAAUCAAGGGUGCUGGACAUCACGUGUACGCUGACGAUGCUAAAACAUUCAACCGAUUAGUCAACGAUGCAUGUACAAUUUGUGAUGAAGACUAUCAAGCUGUGGUUAGGCAUGAAGAGUCUAGUAGUCCUAGUGCAACUUAAUGUUUUUUUCUAGUCUAUGUUCUAAAGUUCAAUUUUUCGG